AUGGCCACAACGAACGGUGAAUAUGCGCAGCCUCGUAGAAGUUCCUCUGAGCCCAUUGCGCAGCGCGAUGAUGAAGAAGCAGCACGGCUUGUUGGUCAAAUGAUCAUGGUGGGAUUUGAUGGACUUAGCGUUACUCCAGAAAUCCGCAUGAUGAUAGAAAAGUACUAUGUGGGAAGCAUAAUCUUAACACGAAGAAAUAUUCAAGAUGGGGUUCAAUUGGCAAGCCUCACACAGGAGCUACAAAAUAUUGCACAAUCUGUAGGAUUCGAUAGGCCGCUCAUCAUUGGAAUCGACCAAGAGAAUGGAAUGCUCAGUCGAUUAGGCGACGGAAAACGGGCCACUCAGUUCCCAGGCGCGAUGGCUCUGGGGGCAACACGAUCACAAAGUCAAGCCUUUGAUAUCGCGAAAGCGACUGCCAAAGAACUGGUCGCAGUUGGAAUUAACUGGAACUUUGCGCCCGUUUUGGAUGUGAUCAAUGAACAUAAUUCUACUAAUGUUGGCGUGAGAGCUUUUGGGGAUGAUCCUCAACUAGUAGGUGGUCACGGGGUUGCAUUUGCUGAAGGUCUUAGGGCUGGAGGAAUGGGCCAUUGUGUAAAGCAUUUCCCGAGCACAGGCAGAACGACAAACAAGGAUGGCAGUCGGAGUUCAACCUUUAACUUCAAAGCUCGAGAUGACCUGGAGAUGACAGAACUAGUCCCAUUUAGAAAAGCUGUUGCGGCAGGAUUGGACAGUGUAAUGUUGACCUCGUCUGUGUGGGAAGAGAGUGGGGAUGGCGGCAUGGCAGAUGCUAAACACGUUAUUCAUGACGUAUUGCGAAGACAAUUAGGAUAUGAUGGCCUCACUAUAUGUGAUACUACCGACAUGCCAUCCUUCACCAAACGCUCAAAUAUUGGAGAAGCCGCCGUUAUGGCAAUUAGAGUAGGGUGUGACAUGUUGCAGAUUUUGGGCAAACCUGAGACACAGAAGCAGGCAAUUGAGGCUAUUUACGAAGCCAUUCGAAAUGGGAAUAUAAUCAGAAGCGAGAUCUACCGAUCCUCAGGGAGGGUCAUGCAGUUGAAACAACACUACUUGAACUGGCGGACAGCUCUUGCUACUCCGGAUUCAAAUCGCCUACCUUCAUUGAUGCAGGAACAUCAAUCUCUCGCACGAAAGAUUUACGAAAACUCGACAACGGUGGUUCGGGAUGAAAAGAACCUUAUUCCAUUAUCUGCGCGCAUAAGGUCCUCAGAAAAUGUUCUACUUCUUACACCAGUUGUGAGACCUCUUCAUCAGAGAGCACCUGGAGAACCCCCAAUAGAUCCAUUUGAGUACUUUGGCAAGGCACUUGCUCGAAAACACCCUAAAAUUAGGCACGCUCCCUACACUGUGCAUGGAAUCACCUCAACUCACGUUGCCCUCAUUAAGAGAGCCUCAGCAGUCAUAUUUGUUACUGUAAAUGCAAAUAGGCCAAACACUAGCUACCAACUAGAGACUGCUGGAGCGGUUCAUCGUCUGUGUCUUAACAAGCCUUUAGUAACUCUUGCUGCAUGCGACCCUUAUGAUCUUUUGAUUGAUAGAACAUUUGGGACGUACAUCUGCACAUACGAAUAUUCGCAAACAGCACUGGAAACGGCGGCUGAAGUAAUAAUUGGUGGACGCCACGCACCAGGUGUUCUUCCUGUCAGUAUACCAGGCACAUCUGCUCUGAGGCAACAACAUCAGUGGUUCGUUGAGGGCGAAAAUGGCCGUUGGACGCAAGCACGCUCAGUGCUCUGCUAG